CGAUCGGGCGGCUCGCCGGACCGUCGCAUCCGUAUGUCACAGCCGACCCUCAACUCCAGCUUGAGCGGCAUCAACUCGUUCAACUUCGGCAUGCACCGUGGCAGCGGUGGCGGUCGCCUGUCCUACACUAGUCUACGUGCCACCUCGGGUGAUAACAGCAUCAACGAGGAGGAGAGGCUGUCGACGCCAAACGUGCACGCCCUGGGCGGCAGCGGCAGCCCCCGUGGCAGCCUGACGAUGGAGCGCAGCUCGUCGCGGCUCUCGCAACCAGAUGUACGUCGGUUCAUUCUUCGGCAAGAGAAGCGCGAGCGAUUGUCGCAGCCCACCCUUGUCACCGGCGAUUACUAUCCCGGCCGGACGCAGCAGCGAUUGUCCCAGCCGUGCCUGAGCAGCGGCGGUAUCGGCAUACAUUCAUCCUCGCCACCACCCUUCCCUCUCAAACAUAAGAGAUUCGGGCCCGCCCUCCUACAGGUGAGCCAACGCGAUCGUUUAUCGCAGCUGGACAUCGGCGGCAAGUACCGAAACAUCAAGGAUCAUGGGGGUGGCAACAACGCCGCGCAGGUCAAAUUCAAUCGCGAUCGGUUCUCAAUACCAGAGUUGGAAACACAGAACGACCUGCGGCUGAUCGCCGGCACACCUAAGCAACGUUUCAGCCUGGAUAGCCAGUUGGCAAAGCAGCGCUUUAGCCUGGACAGCCAAGAUAGCUGCAAGUCGCGCCUGCUGCCGAUUGCCAGCUCGCCGAUCUUCGAGCAUCAGCAAAUGAAGACCGAGGAGCUCACAGGACUGACGUCUGACAAACUGAAGAGCCCCACCUGCGAGGGUCUGCAGAGCGUAAUCGUCGCGAGUACGUCGCCAAUCUUCCCGCCCGGCGAGAGGCGAUUUCUCGCGCCAGACUUUCCGUUCACGGGGAGGAAAACGUCGCCAAAAUCGCCGCCCAAAACGGAAGUCAAAUCUCCGUUCCCGUUCUCGAAGUUAGGGCGCGGCGGCAAGCCACCGCCAAUUCCGGUCCGAGAGAGAAUGUCGGUUCCUGAGAUCAGAAACUCAAGUUUGCGCCGGCUGCUGGACCCCCCUGUCCGGCAGCGGCACAGCAUCGCCGGCAAUCUGAGGCAGUCGCUGAUGUCGCCGGUGAAGCUAUCAGAGUUCGGCACCGGCAGCAGGAAAUCGCCGCGAUACUCGAUCGACGACGCGCUUGAAAAGCUGAAGCUGAUCGAAAAGGAGGAGAAUCGCCGGAACCAGGAGACGAGCGAAAAACAAGAAAUCAAUGAACAAGAUCAGCAACAGCAACAAGAGAAGAAGCACAUCCAGCGGCACUAUUCGUACACGUACGAGACGCCUGGUAGCGACGACAGCAGCGUCUCGACGCUCGGCAAACUGAGCGUGGGCGGCACGCCGAAGCGCAAGUUCCUCGAAAGUAAUUUCGAUGAAAACGAGCAAGUAAUUACAACGGUAAUUGAAACGGAAGUGCCGAUGAUCCUACCGAGCACGCCCGCCAAGUACGCAAAGAAAGCGCAGGCAUACUCGAACGAGACACCCAAGUGGAUUCGAAAGUACCUGGAGAGCGACAAUCCGAGAGUGGGAAGCAGAAAGGCCUCCGACCCUGGCAAGGAAAAUUUCAUCAGAAUGAACCGCAGGAGCAGCCGUAGGAAGAGCUCGCUGGAGUCGAUCGAAGGCGUAACGAAGAAGCCCCAGGAGAAGGCUCGCUCAAAGUCCGCCAGUUGCGAGGAGAGAAGCGCCAAGGACUUUCCGGCAGAGCAGAAAGGCAACGUGAAGGAGACUUACGUGAGGAUCGUACCGUCCAACAACGCCCAGCAGGAGAACAGAUACGAGGUCGGUGUGGAGACCACCGCGUGGACGAAGACCGACGACCGGGGUCUCUACGGCGACGACACCGAUACGGACGACUCCACGUCAAUUUAAAUAGAGAAAGGAAGUUUCACAUAUUAUCUAUGGGAUGAAAAGCUAUUGAAAAUUCGAACAAAUUUGCUUCGUUUACCAUACGAUUACACUGGUCAUUAUUAUUUUGGCAAAUAUAUCAGAACGAUUAAUCAAUACAAUUGAUAUCAAUUUAUUCGAAUACUUAAUUAUUCAACAAAUGUAUUCAAUAAAAAUUUGAAGAAAAAUUUUAGAAGAAAUUUUACAGGCUCUUGAAUUUUCGACUAUCAGUCGUUUGAGAAUUUCCGACUAUAAAUAAGAAUGAGAAAUCGUAAGUCGGGACAUUGCUGUUAUGUAAAAUAUUUGCAUAACGAGAGUCUUAAAAAUUUACCUAAUUGUAUUACAUAAGAGACUGAAGAGAAAAAUAUGUGUACACUGCAUGUGUAUCUUAAAUCAGUGAAACAAGAGUAGUCAAACACGUGAUCAAGACAGAUCGAGAGAUCAAAAACAAAAAAAAACGUAAAAAAUGAUCUCGAACAGAAAUCUCGAAUAUUUUGUACUUAAAUACGUUGCACUCGAUGUCUCGUCCGAUAAGCCAGAAGAUGAAAAUCGAAUGCAAAUACCUAUUUUUGCACGAAUAAAGAGGACCACGAAAUACGCGAUACUCCGCAUACAUUCAGCCUAAAUACUCGGAUCAAUGCUUUACUAAUUUUCUCUACAUCAAUCUUUUGAAAUAAUUUCUGCUUUGUACAUAUCUCUAAUGUCCAAGGGAGAAGUCAAAAAGGAUAUAGGACGAUCGAAAAGACUCGCGAUACUGAAAAGCAAAUCUUUGGAUCCUCAUCAAAGUCACACAACACCAAGCUCAUCAAACCUCGAAUUUUCGAAUUUUCAAACAAUUGUGUGAGACCGUUCGAUCGUUCUGCAUAUAAUGUGUAUUUUGUGCGCUAUUUUUAUCAAGCUUGUUGGACUAAGUAUGUAAGAAUUAAGUGUAAAGAUAGGUACCUUGUACAUACAUCGAUGGAAAGUCACAAUGUAUUACUGGAUGUCGACCGUUGCAUCGUUACAAAACUUACAAGAUCGUUUAAUGUUUUUGAACGUACAAACUCUUCAUUUCUCGAGAGGAUAUUUUUGCUUGCAAAAACUGUGUCGGAUCUCUUCGAUUAUAUUGUAAUAUUAAUCGUGAAAUCAAUUUAUUUAGGAUAACGUGCAACGCGCUGAACGUUCAUUUUUAAUGAUACUAGUCAUUAACAUCAUUUUAAGAGCAAUUGGAUAUAUAUAUAGGGUGCCUUUGAUGAAUUGCCUCUGCAAAAUUUAGUCAUUGUCCUAUUUUGUUAUUUCCAAAUCAAUUAUUAAAUAUUGAUGUUUAACAACCCAUGUAACAUUUCUUUAAACAAUUUCAUUAAUAUGUCAAAGUUCCUAAUUUAAUCUGAUAUUUACUUUUAAUCAAACUUGCUUAUUAUACAUCAUUUAUAAAUAGUUAGAAAACUUUUGGUAGAAAAUGAUUUUAAAAUGUUAAUGUAAGCCUUGUGAAUUUAUUUACAUAAUAUACUCAUAUAAUUUAUUAAAAUUUUAACUAUUUUUUAAUUAUUUGAUAUUAUUUUCAAGCAAAUUUUCUUGGAAUUACAUAUUUAUCUUCUUCUGUUUAUAACAAAAUAUUAGAAAUAUGUUAUACUUAAGCGCCCUGUAUUUAUACAUACGAUACGUACGAAUGUAUAUGUAAACGUUGAGUAGUCAUUCUUUUCUUUAGCAGUAUGUCAUUUUACUCCUAUAUACAUAUGCUAUAUGUACGACAUUUAAUACACAAGAGUAAACACGUCAAAUAUUAGUCAAAAUAUACAUAGAAUAAUACAUUAUACCUUGUAAAAAAACGUGCCAUCUGUGUACAUCCGAUUAUAUAUAGAUCAAAAUACAUAAUCCAUUGUUAUAGCCU